CCCAACCUUCCUGCCGGGCCCCCGCUCUCCUCCCUCCCUCCACUGCGAGCAACGCGGGCUCCGGAGGGAGAGAAGGGGCAGGAGAUUUAAAAAAACAAAAAAACCAAAGAAACCCCGAAAACAACCCCUCCAAUCUCCAAACCUUCUUCCUCAUCUCCUUUCCCCCACCCUUUCCCCCGACCUAUUUCAGCAGGUAGGGGGCGUCCCACCCCCCCCGCCCCCCAGGCGGGGGAGCCGGGGAGGGGACAGCACCGGAUACACGGGGAACCCCGGCCCCGGGCCCAACGGGGCUGGGGGCAUCUAAGACGGCCCCGGGCCUGCCGGAAGCCGUGGAGCAGAGGCCGGCAGGGACAGCAAUGGUCAUUGCUGACGGUGGCUGAGCCCCCAGCCCCUGGAAUAUGCAGCCCGGGAGGUCCUCCGGAGGCAGCGGCGAGGACGCGGAGGCGGAGCGGGGCCGAAGGCAUGGUCUCCACCUAUCGGGUGGCUGUGCUGGGGGCGCGAGGCGUGGGCAAAAGCGCCAUCGUACGCCAAUUCCUUUACAACGAAUUCAGCGAGGUCUGCGUGCCCACCACUGCCCGCCGCCUUUACCUGCCCGCAGUCGUCAUGAACGGUCACGUGCACGACCUCCAGAUCCUAGACUUCCCGCCCAUCAGCGCCUUCCCUGUCAACACGCUGCAGGAGUGGGCAGAUGCCUGCUGCAGGGGGCUCCGGAGUGUCCAUGCCUACAUCUUGGUCUACGACAUCUGCUGCUUUGACAGUUUCGAAUACGUAAAGACCAUCCGCCAGCAGAUCCUGGAGACGAGGGUGAUCGGCACCUCGGAGACGCCCAUCAUCAUCGUGGGAAACAAGCGCGACUUGCAGCGGGGCCGCGUCAUCCCGCGCUGGAACGUGUCGCACCUGGUCCGGAAGACGUGGAAGUGUGGCUACGUGGAGUGUUCGGCCAAGUACAACUGGCACAUCCUCCUGCUGUUCAGCGAGCUGCUCAAGAGUGUGGGCUGCGCCCGCUGCAAACACGUGCACGCAGCCCUGCGCUUCCAGGGGGCCCUGCGCCGCAACCGUUGCACCAUCAUGUGACCUCCCUCCCCCUCCGCCCUCGGGGCUGGGGGCCACGCCAAGGUUGCUGCCCCUGGCUGGGGGGGAGGCAGGGGCAGAGAUGCGAAACAGAGCCAGCCGAGGGUGGCAGGGUGGGGCAUUUGGCUAUAGUGGCCAAUACAGGAUUGAGGGUCAGGGCCCCUGUUGGGAGUGGGGGGAGGGUCCUCAGAGGUAGCUGGAAGGGGUGCUGAUGGGGAUGAGGAGGGGAUUAGAACCUGCAGCCCAGCACAGGCCUGAUGCGCAUCCUAACACUCAAACACACUUACACUCCCCCCACCCCCAACUACUCUGUCCUACCCUGGUGUGAGUCAAGGGGGUAAGGGAAGUGUUUCAUAACUGCCUCUAUGGGAUCCCCAGUCCUUAGUCCCUCCCCACCCUAACAUUUGUCUUCCUAGGACAGCCAUACUCCACAAUGUAGCCUAUAAACACUCCCCCUCCCCGAUUCCGCUGCCCUCUGGGUUUGGGGGUUCAGGGUUGGAGGGAACCCCUGCCUCUUGGUGAAUCCAUGCCACCUUGGCCUAAGGCUGUCACAUCUUGAGAAUCCAUCCCUGUCCAAAGUCUUCCCAUUCCAUUUCUGUCUGUCUGUCCCUCUUUCCUUCUAUGUAGAUGUCUACCUUCUGUCCAUCCCCAAUCCCCUGAACUCUCCUUUUCCAUAGGGCUCUCCUUCUUCCAUCUCCCUGCCUCAGGUCUGUGUGUGUCUGUGUGGUCAUCCCAAAGGCCUGUUCAGCACAGCACCAGAGGGGGUAAAAGGGCAGAGAAACACCGAUGGCCUCACUGGGACUAGGGUCAUGGGGCUGCAGUCCCAGGUCAGCAAGAGGGGAAGGGGGCAGAACCUCCAAAAGUGAAGCUGCCCCCUCCCUUCUCUCUCCAGGUAGACUUUUCCCACCCAGCAGCCUCCAGAGACACAACUCACCUACCUUCCAGCCUUAACUUGAUGGCCUGGUACCUUCAGGUACUCCCUUCCCUGACCCUCCAACCCCCAGAGCCAGAUCAACCUUUGGUUUGAAUAUUUUACUUUUAAUUAAUAGACAGUUUGGAACCAAAAAAAAGAAAAGGCAAAAACAAGAUCAGGUUUCCCACGGCAUCAAUUUCUUCAUCCUUUUGCCCUUUUAGAAUUGGGACAUCUGAGUCCCCUGCAGGGCAUGGAUGGUGGAUGGGACAACCUCCCCAGAGUGGCUGGGCUCACCCCCAGGAGGCCAAAUCAUGGGGUAGAGUGUGUCCUCCUCUCCUCCCCAACACGGAAAGGGCAAACAGGGCAGGCCUCCCUCAGACACCUGGGCACAGGCUCAAUUUGCCCAGCUUCUCCCUGCUGUCUUUGCCUCUCUGAUUACUUAGCUCCUCCUACAAAUCCCAGACAAGCAAAACUAGGAAUUGAGAUAAGCAUGGGGAUCCCUCCCCCCCUCCCUAGAUUUGUCCCCAACCUCCCCUUGGGAUGGAGGUCUGUUUGGGAGCUCCCCUCCUCCUUCUGGCUGGCCCUCUUUCCCCAUUGCGGCCUCAGCCCUCUCCCCAUUUUUGCCGGCUCCCUGGCCGGAUUUCUACCUCUUGUCACCGGAGCUCAUCACUGUCAGUUUUUUAGAAAUAACAAUAAUAACGAUGAAAAUGACGCUAAUAAUAAUGUAAGGGCUAGGAUGCUGGCUCUCAGAGCUGGGGGGGCACAGAUAGAGGGAGAGAGAAGUCAUUCUGUGUCCCCACAUAUAUGCUGUGUCACCUACCAAGGGGUAGACCAUGUAAUAAGCUAAACCCCACAGAUCUGUAUUCAGUGGUAAAACAGUGGGAUGGCAUUUCUCCAGGGGUGUCUAAGUCGACUCUGCCUGAGAACUCAGCUUGCAGGACAAGAUAGAUUGGGUCCAAGGUGAGGUUUGCAGAUAGGGUUGAGAUUGGGAAGGACCCUGGGGAUAUGGGUGAGUUUAUCAUUAGGAUCUAGGGUGUUGGGAGGGGCCUGUGGUAUUCUGUUUCCCCAGCUGGUCCCCCAGUCUCCCCUAGAGAGAUAACACAGAUUUGUAAUAGUCCCAAUGCUGGGCAAUCCAGGAUUCCUGGAUUCUAGUCCUUGACAUGCUGUGUGAUCUUAGACAAGUUGCUCUCCCUUUCUGAGCCUCCCUCUGAAACAGAGGAGAUGGCUCCCCUUCCCCACCCCUUCAGGUGGCUGGGAGGGUGAACGAGAAUGCCUCACCUCCUCCUUUCCUUAUAUCACUGCCCCUCAUUCAGGGGGACCAGAGAUGGGAAGGAAGAGUGAUAUCUUGGCUGCCCCUGUCACAUUCUAGCUCCAAUGUAUCUUCCCUGGAUGGGUGUGAAUCCUCUGAAAAGGUGGGCAGGGGGACCAAGGCCUUUGGUUCCUCCCCGCCCCACACACCCCCUUGGUGGAAGCUAUCCGAAUGUAUCACCUGACUGAUUCUCCCGCGCCUUCUUUUGCUUCUUUGGAUUUUUGGAUCCCCCCUCACCCUCCCUCCAGUCUCUGUUCCUCCUCUCCAGGGUUUCCGGCCAUAGGGUCUGGAAGUGUCUGUAAAGCUUGUUGCGCUGUUAUGGGAAGUCGGAUUAAAAAAAAAAUCAGGGAGUUA